AUGACACUCGAGGAAGCUAUAGGAUACGUAUACGUUGCCUCAGAUGAACCUUUUGAGGUCACUCCAAAGAUGAUUAGGUUGAGGAAGAGAUGUCUAGACGUUACCAAGCGUCUUAGUUAUAUCUUCAAUUUGUCCAACAAAGACAUUUUCGUAAGUGGAUUUGCAAAGGCUUUGGAAGAAAAAUGGCAAGUCGAUGUACGACUAAAAGCAGGGGACAGUUCUGAGGGCUCAGCCAUCUUUGCACACAAACUUGUCCUGGCCUCAAGAUCAGAGGUGCUUAAGAAUAUAUUAGAAUUAGACGAGUUCAAAGCUCCAUCUCAACCGGUCAAGACACCAAGAACGUCUCUAUUACAAGACGGUGUGGGCGUUGGUCCCAUACAAAAUUCCAAAAAGAAAAGGCACAAAAAACAAAUACGAAAAAAACGUAAGCCCUUUUGUUGCCGUGCUCACUACGCUAUGCUGAAACGAUCUUGCGAAACAGUCACUUUCGCAGAGCUGAAACAUGAAGAGUUAGAGGAUUUAGUUAAGUUCAUGUACAGCGACGGUUCUUGUCUUUCUGUGAAAGCAAAAGAACACGUUAGGUCACUCUAUAAUGCAGCCGACAAGUAUGAGAUUCCACAUCUACGAGAUCUAUGCAGAAACGUGCUAAUAUCAUAUCUGAAUCCGUCAAAUGCUCUUGAAGUCUUGGAGCUCUCUCUGAUUCCUCUUGACAAAGCCCUACACGAUUAUGCAUUCGGUUAUAUCAUAAGGAAUCUGAAGAGCAUUGCUAACUCUGAUGAGUUCAAGUUGUUCGCAAACGAAAAUACAGAUCUUACUGUUGAAAUAAUAAGGGCUUAUAUGGGGCUUAGAAACCAUUGA